UGUUGCCGCAGACGCACGAACCGCGGCUCCUGUUUCACUGCGCUCCUCUGCGGAGAGACCGAGUCAGCGAGUGCGACGAAUGACAGAGAAGUAACAAAGUGAACAUGUCUGUCUGCUCCGAGAUGGAGAAGAACUCGACCGAAGAUGACGGAGUGGAUUCGGGAGCGGAGACCGGCGGGUCCGAUUACAGCCCCAUGUCUUCGGCCAGCAGUGAGCCAUUGAGAGGUGACCUGCACGACCCAUACCUGGUCAGCGUGCACAUCAUCACCGACUCCGGGACAGGCAAACCCCUGCAACGGGCAGCCGACACUGCCCUGGCCUGGAUCCACCCGGACCUGCAGCUGUUCCGCGUGUCAGAGCGCGCUCCUGGGCAGAGGCGGUCCAAGCGGGUCUCCCCAUCUGGCAGUGUCCCGGGACUGGCCGUGUUCCUGUUCCUCCGGGAGGGGCCAGCCGGAUGUCUGCUCCGCACUCUCCAGCGCCCACCAUGGCGCUGCUAUCCCAGUGAGCGGGCACCCAGGGCAGGCCUCGACCUCUUCUCAUUGGGUGCAGGUACACCACCGUGGGCCGUGCGCCAGGUGCACUGCGGCCGGGAAGUCAUCCGGCUGGCGCUGAACUGCCGCCAUGAAGCCUUCGCCGAUACGGUGCGCCUGUACUGCCUGCUGGUCCGGCGCCGGCUCACCCAGAGCACCGACAAUUUCUGCUUCUUCGUGGUCUAUGCCAGCACGGACGUGGAAAUCCAUCUGUCCCUCAAGCGGCUACCGCGAGGCCAGAGCCCAGCCCCCACCGAGUCAGCCAUCCUGGAGUUUCGCGUGCAGGACGUGGGCGCCCUGGUGCCCCUGCUGCCCCAGCCAUGCAUGCCCAUCAGCGAGACUCGCUGGCAGACCGAGGAUUAUGAUGGCAACAAGAUCCUCCUGCAGGUUCGCGGUUCAGCCAGGAACCGAAGGCGACACACCAUAGCGCAGUUCGCCGACCUGCCGGUCCACUCUUCUGUGGCACAGUCGCAUCGCCCUUCUGAACGUGAACUUCCACCCGCAGCUGCGCCUCCGUGUGCCCGAGGCCCUGCCUCUUACAGGAACCGUCGCUUCCAUCGGACUUCUUCCCGCCUCCGGCACCAGAACAGCCAGGACCAGAAACAGAACCACUCGUCGCUACAGGAUCUUCCCGGUGUUUGCAAGGAAGAUGAGACCGUCCUACGUCGUGACCCCGCGGCUUCUCGGGCCUGGUGGGCGGGUCACCGGUCCCGCUCCCUCUUCUGUCUGCCCACUGCAGAUGCAUCCUGCCCCACCCCUUCUACCACCCUCUCCACCAGCCACUCUCAGUCGUCCCUGGUGGCUCCUCCCUUCCGUCUCAACGUGGAUGCGCUGGUCGGUGCCGUGGAAACAGAUGUGGACACAGGCAGGAAGUUGGCUGGCGGGGGCAUCGUGGACCUCUCUGUGGUGUCUGGCUAUUCCUGCCGCCCCACCCGCUCCAUCUCUGCUACCCCCGUGGACCUCGUCCCCUCCUUCUCGGGCCGGUCCUGCAGCUUCCGGGCUUCCUCAAGCCGGCCCCCACCCGCACGAGUCAGCAUCUCUGCCUCGGCCACACCCAUAGCCACACCCACCGCCCUUCGCAGGCCACGCCCCCGCAGCACCUGCUCCCUCAACAACACCUGGCAGAGGGGCGGCGCCGAGGUGGAGAACGGCCUCUCGGAGGAGGAGCAGGAGUUCUACAUCUGACGGCUGACCGACUCCACAGCCGACAGGCGGAGCUGCGGGGCCGGAACAGAAAUUUCUAAACGGGAAAAACAGAAAAGUUUAAAAUAGAUAUUAUUAAAUAGGAAAGGAAAAAUACUAAUUCUAAGUACUGUUUAGGACAGCAGUGCGUUGCUUAUAUUGCUGAUAAGAUGAAGCGUAUUGCUGUGAGUUUAAAGGCAGCUAAGAGGAGAACAUCUGAGGUCAGGAAUGGAGCACAGGCGCCCCCUAUUGGCAGAACAUGCCAGCGAUGCCUGCUCAGUACAUUUCUCUCUUUUCCUCUUUUUGUGACACAGUUUGGGAUAUUUUUUAAGAAAUUAGCCCUCAGCAGGGUCAGAUCCCAGUACACAACAGUUAUUCUAGUUGGCGCUCUGUAGUUUAACUGAAACAUAAACCCCGAAACACCAGCAAAAUGCUUUGUGUUGCCUGCCUGCUUUUUUUCAAAGGUCAUUUAUUUACUGUAUGUGCACUCCAUCUGGGGUGGAAAAAA